ACGGGGCGGGCGGCGCUGAUCCCUCCCGGCCCGGCCCCGUCGCACCGCCGCCCCCCGCACCUGCGGCAGGUGCCGCCGCGCACGCAGCAUGGCCCGACGGGGAGCGGAGCCGCGAGCGCUGCCCGAGAGGGCGGCUGAGCUGCGGAACAAACUCGUGGACCGAUGCGAGCGGCUGCAGCUGCAGAGCGCUGCUAUCGCCAAGCACGUGGACGAGGUGCUGCCCGCCAGGAGCCAGGGUGUGCUGAGCGCCGCUAACAGCGCACGAGAGUUGGUCAUCCAGAGGCUGAUCUUGGUGGGGAAGGUGUGUGAGAACGAGGAGCAGCGGCUGCUCGAGGAGGUGCACGCAGAGGAGGAGCGGGCACAGCAGAGCAUCCUGACACAGCAGGCACACUGGACGGAGGCACUGCAGAAGCUGUCUGCCCUCCGCACGUACCUGGUGGACAUGAUCACCAACCUGGACGACCAGGGCUUGGUGAAUGCAGAACAAGAGAUCUUCGAGAGGACAGAGUUGGCAGAGGGAAUCUUAGAGCCACAGGAGUCUGCCAAGUUAAACUUUAAUCAGCAGUGUGUUCAGAGUCCGCUGCUGCACCGGCUGUGGGCCUCUGCGGUUCUCUGCUGCAUGGCAGGCUCUCAGGAAAUCAGCAUAGACGAGAAAACCGUCAGCCCCCACCUGAGCCUGUCGGAAGACAAGAAAACCCUGACCUUCAGCCCCAAGAAAGCAAAGCUGGACUUGGAUGGCCCUGAGCGCUUUGACCACUGGCCCAACGCUUUGGCUGCUGCGGCUUUUCACACGGGGCUCCACGCAUGGAAGGCUACAGAGCACAUGAUGUUUGCCCUCCAGGACCCAGAGCCAGGACCUUUGGGAAAGAGCCAAAUCACUCUCCAAGCACCCCACAGGAGCACAGUGCCUUCUGAAGACUCUUGUCAGCUCUCCCCAGCUCCCAUGCUGUUGGAGUCCUCAGGGCUGGGAGGUGCUGCAGCAGGAAGCAGAGCUUCCACUGAGCCCAGUUCAGCAUGGGAGGACCUUGGCCCUGACACCACAGUUUGCUCAGCAGAGUCGGGAGUGCAAGGUGGGGAGAGCAAAAUUGUGAAAGCUGGAGCAUGGGAUCAGUGUUUAACACCUGGCUCUGCCAGUCCUCUGCGAGUGAAUCAUUUAAUUCCUCUUCAGAACAAGGGCUUCUUUCCAGCUCCAAUGGGGAGUAGCGCAGGCAACAAAACACUCCAUGCUGCAGGAAUGAAAAUUAUUUCAAUCUUGACUAAAGGUUUUAAGAGCUGUUUGGAGAAAUGAAAGAGAAUUGGCAGAAGGCAUGGAAAGCUGUAGGGGACACUUGGAAAGAGAAGCCCUAGCAGCAGAAGGGACACCAUGAAUUGGGGUUGUCACCCAUGUGAGAACCUACACUGGGCAGGGGCACUCUCAUGGACCAUCAGCAUCUCCCAGAACAGAGGAGCAGCAAGAGAGGAGCCGUUAGCAUUGACCUGAAUGGAACUGCUUGUUCCUAGGGCUUGGCAAGGUUGAGCAUACUACAGUGAUAACAGGCAGCUGAUUGAAGUAAGAAAGGUGUUGGACUGACACUGAGCUUGGGUGAAGGAAAGAAAUGCAU